GCUGUCAAGAUGACAUUGCUAUUUUUGCUGUUUAUCUGCAGAAGCUGGAAAAGUCUAACUUGGAUAACUGGGAGAACAUCAGAGGACCUCAGCUGGGGGAAGAUUCCAGGACUGUUCAGAAGCAACGGCGGGAGGCUCUCCGUCUCAAGACAGCAUGA